UGAAUUUCUUUCAUGGAAGGGACGUACCGAACGCCAGUGUGAACUCACAGGACGAAAUAAAUGAACAGGUAUACCAUUAGGAUGUCAUUGGAGGGACAGAGAUGUCUAUGUAUCGUCAUUUUCCUCGUGCACACUGCCAUUGGCGCUGGCGAAGGUUCAUCACCUCUGCCAUCUACAGUGCGAGCGGAGGAAAACGAUCUAGCCGUCUCUUUCCCACCACUAGAUGAUCUGUACGCUAGCACUUUAGAGAAGCACUUCGCGACGGAAAACAAUACGAUCGUGACGUCGCAAAUAGGGUCAACAGCCCUAUUGCCGUGCAUUAUCAGAAAUAUCGGAGAUGGAAUUGUGUCUUGGAUAAGAAGAAAAGACUAUCACCUCCUCACAGUUGGGCUGACUACAUACAGCUCAGACCAGAGAUUCCAGGCCAUACAUUUGCAACAUUCAGAAGACUGGACCCUCAAAGUUCGCUUCGUACAAAAAAGGGACGCUGGUAUUUACGAGUGCCAGGUUUCAAGUCACCCUCCCUCCAGUAUAUUUCUACAUUUAGAUGUUGUGGAGGCUCGGGCACAGAUCUCCGGUCCUACAGAGAAAUACCUCAAGCCUGGAUCCACUCUGAGACUGCAGUGCUCUGUGGUACAGACAACUGAAGCACCUGCUUUUGUAUUCUGGUAUCACAACAGCCGGAUGAUAAACUACGAUGUAGAACGCGGCAUAAAUGUGACCACUGACCCCGACCAGCGCUUGUCUGAUCUCCUCAUCCCGGCAGCGAGUGUGACCCACGCAGGGAACUACACCUGCGUACCAAAUAAUGCUGUACCAGCUAGCAUAUACGUGCAUAUAUUUAAUGGUGAAAACCCGGCGGCAAUGCAGUCAUCAUCUCCUGGCUUUAUCCAACUAAACUUACAUACCUACAUGUACACAAUUAUAACCAUGAACAUUUUGCGGUGACAAUUGGAUUCUGUGCCCUAAUCACUUGUGUUAAGAGUUGUUUUACUGUGAGCCAAACUGUCUUAAUUUGCUUAUAAGUUUUGAGACGAUGAAAAAGUUACGACAUGGUUAAAGGAGUAUUUAAUUAAAAAUUAAUAAAGGCCCAGGUUUAUUUGCGUAAUUGGAUUUAAGCUUUGAUGAAAGCUCAUUGUUAAGGGGUUUAGAAUUAAAUAAGAUAAAAAUGCUUGGUAUUCCGUAGGAGAUUUAAUUUCAUCAAUGGAUCAACUUUUGCCAAAAUUAACAUUCACAGCUUUAUCUAACUGGUUUCAAUAAAUAUUUAAUUCGAGUGAGUUUUGUUAGUCUACAUGCAGAAUGCACGGCGCUUUGUGUCCGGUGUUGGACUAUCGAAGACCAUCGGCCCGCAGGAGGUGUAUUCUGAACGUACACUAACAAAUCUUACCGGAAUUAACACUUAUGAUAUUUAUAGCAACCUAAGGC